GAUGAAAGAAAGAUGAAAGGAAAAAGGGGAGAAGGGGAAAGGAGGAAAGUGCAGAAUAAAGAUGGAAAUCAAGGAAGAUAGGAAGGAACAAAGGAAAUGGGGGGGAGGUAGGUAGGAAAGAGGUGGGAGAACCUGAAGAAGCCAAAUUUUUCCCCUCUUCGAUUUCCACUUUUCACUAGUUACACCAGGGGUGAAAUGCUACUGAUUCACCCAAACUAGUAGUAAAAAAUAGUACCGGUUUGGGCAAACCGGUAGUUUCUAUGAUCAGCUUUGCGACAAUCAGCUGUACCGUGUGAUUUGUAUUCAAACCCUGCUUUCUAGUGAACCCAAAUUGCGUGGCACAGCUGUUCCCCUCCUUGCUGUUCUACUUACCAUUACAGAUUCAGAAAAGGCUUCUUAAUCCUCCUUUUUCAGCACUGCAUAAUAGCUCCUGCGAUGCGCAUGCACAUAUGAAGCAAACCGGUAGUGAAGCCAACUGUUAGCAGACUUAUUCACCUCUGAGUUACAACAAGAAACAGCACCUCCAUGAUUUGACAUUCCAUAGGUUUGGUAAUUAACCAUAAAAUAAAACCAUAGGUUUGCCAUCACGGCUCUAGGCUGUCUGGAUGAGGAGUUCUUAAAUGUUCUACCCAGGACUCAUUUUGUCCCAGUUCUAGGAAAACAAUCCAGAAAUACAGAAUUCUACCAAUUAUGAAAUACAACAGAGUAUCAAAAUAAUAAUGCAAUUUUACAUGUAGUUAAAGUUGGUAGAGUAAUAAAAAAAGACAACUGAAAACACAGAAUUUGAAAAUCAAUACAGUCAGUUCAACUAUUGUAAACUACUGUGAUUACUUAUUACCUCUUUGAAUAUAUUCUUGGGAUUCAGCACAUAUCUUUUUUAAAAUAGAGGCAGAUUAUCUGGGUAUUCUGUUUGGAUAUCCAUAAGCAAGGCCUCUCCCCACCCCGAAGAUUCACAGAAUAUGACUCUGCUUUGCUCAAAAUAAACUUCCACCUAUGACAUCUGGGAUUCAGCUAAUAAAUUAGAUGUUAUCCAUUACCAAUUGGUUCUUGGUGGAACAAAAGGUCCAAUCUGGUUUUCUUCAGUUCUUCCUUUGAAUUGCAUAGGAGAAACUCUUUUUGGGAAACAAAAGUAGAGGUCAGUUAAUAAAGUGCUUUAGGGUACAUUGAAGAGCAUACCAAAAGCAGAGUUUUGUCACAAUUACUCAGAUGUCUUGACACCAUUCCCACUAUUACAUCUAAAAGGCCCUAUACGUUUUGAAGGUGAAAGGUUAACAUGAGAGCAACUAUCAGAUGCCUUACCCCAGUUGCAUAUUUCUAUGACUGAACUGGUGGAUGUAGUUUCAAAUAAAUCUCAGCAGAGACAGAAAUAAAUAUAUCAGUUAUCUAAAAGAAAUGAAAACACGUCAGCAAUCUUAGAGUACACCAAGUUCAGGAAUGCUCUGUAAAUUAUGAAGUACACUUAAUUUAAGACCUUAGUUAUGAUGGUUUAUACCUAAAAUAAAGAAAACUAAAUCUAAAAGCAAAGACUGAAGAACAUGCUAUAUGUUGUUACUAUGUAAGAUAAUUAAAAUAUUCUUGAUCCUUAACUCAGAUGAAUAUUAAAAUGUCUUGACGCUUUGUAGUUUAGCUUGUAAUCCUAUACACACAAUACAACCCAAUGACAUAAAUUCUUGCCUUAAAGUAUAACUGAACUCAACAAGGUUUACUUUAUAUAUAUACUUAUACAUAUACAUAUACAUACAUACAUGGAAAGAUUACAAUAAAUUAUUUCUCAGCUGUCAGACAUCAUACAUGCACAUGUAUACAGGUACUUGAAGAAAAGCAUAGCUUAAACUUCUUUCUAAAAAUAGUGGAAGCAAUAGUACCGAGGAUGGGGGAUUAAAGUUUUCCCAACAGUUAUGCAAUUAGCAAUUUUCCCUUCAAGGAAGUUCAUUUUGCUGAAUAGCACACAAAAGCAAAUAGAGGACAGAAUAAAAAUAAGAUAUUGGCAAGGCUUUUCUUACGCUAGUAAACAUUCCAUAGAAGGAUAUAUUUAAAAGUAUGGUUCCUACAGAAUAUUCUGUUCAUAAAGUAACAGAAAUGUAAUUGUAAAUACUGUUCCUUCUAUGUUUAACAGUUAAAUAUAUUUAAAACUUAUUUUCUGUCUUUUGGGCAUAUACAGCAAGAGAUACCUAAAAAGCACUUAAAAAGUGCUUAAAAGUACUUGUAAGAUAUUUUUAAUUAUAGAGUCAAAAGAUUGGAGGGAUUGAAAGGGAUCUUGAAAAUAAUCUAAUUUGACUCCUUCAAACCUGUGCAGGAAUUCACUAAUACAAUAUUUCUGACAGAUGCUGAUAUAGCCUCUUUUUAAAUACUUCAAAUGGAAAGUCUACCAGUCUUGGAACAGUCUUGGUAAACUGCUCUUACUAUUAGCAAUUUUUCUCCUGAUGGCCAAAUAAAAUUAUUUUCUUGUAAAAUGUAUUUUGUGAUCCAUCAAGAUCCUUUUGGCACAUGGCUUUUUUGCUCAAUGUUUCUGUUUGACAAGAUCCUGCUGAAUCUUAAUACUUCCUGUAAGCUGGUAGAAUUUCAUGACAUACAUCACUGAAUGCUUUGCUGAAGUUGGGAUCUGUGUCCACAUGUCCACACUUCUGUGAUCAAUUAAACUGGUAUUCUCUCAGAAAAGAUUAAUUUGGAUUGCCAUUACUUGUUCAUCAUGGUUCUUGCCAAGCAAUGCUAUUUUCUAAAUCCUGGCAAACUGACUACUCAAUGAUUUGUCUCUUGGUCUGUGUCAACAUCAACCUGUCCUGCCUUAAUUAUUUAGCUCGUGGUUUUCUCCUCUUUUGAAGACAGGAAAACAUUAGGUCUACUUCACUACACCUAUCCUUUAUGAUCUUCAAAGGUCAUAAGAAAGAGGUCUUGAGAUGAUAUCUGCAGAUUGUUAAUGGUAGCUAGUUACUACAUCUUAUUUGAGUUAUUUUGAGUUGCUGUACACACUUGAGUUGUUUCACACAUUGUUUUAAUAGGUCCAUUUCAACACAAUUCUUCCUGGUGCGGAAGACAGAACAAAGUAAGAUCUGAGCUCUGCUCUUUCCUUUUCAUCUUACUAUUCUGCCAACCUCUUAUCAGCUGGUUCAUUCCUUUCUUUUUUCUACUGACAAAUUAGCUCUUUUUUUUGCAGUUAACUUUCCUUUGCAAGUCUAAAUUUCUUUUGCACUUCAGCCUUUACUUUUGUUUCUAAACUGGCCCAAAAGAAACAAUUAAGUUUAUAUCUUUUUCUUAGUAUUCUGAAACAUUUAUGAAGCCCAUUAAAACGAACCCAUCCAUGGUAGUUUUAAAUAUUUCAGUGCACAAUGAAAAAAAAAUCUUUAAAUCAAAAUAAUGAAUAUAUUUCUGUUUCUAUAUUUAUCUUUGUAUUUGGAUAGCAUUAACUAUAGAUACUAUUUUGGAGGUCUUGGGGGACCAAAAAGAUGCAUUAUAUACUCUAAACUUAAAUUUGCUGUCUUGCAACUCUUCUUUUGACAGCAUAGUAAUAAUGAGAAAGAAGUCAGGACCCAAUAAAGUUGAUAGAACUGCAUGGGCAGCUCAUUUUUUUUAACCUGUAACAUGCAGUUCCGUUUAAAUAAUCCCAAACCUUUUCCACUUCCUUUGUUUACGUCAUUUGAGGGAGGGAAGGAAAGAGGAGAAUUUAAGUUAAAGCAAUGCUUUUCUUGUUUUCUCAAGAAAAAAAUAAUAAUCCAGCAACGGACCAAAGGGGUUAGUAAAUCGUAACGUUGGUUCCAUUAGAGGAGGACACUCAGUCAUUUUCCCGAUUAACUAAAAGUAAAGUUUUUGCUUUCCUGCGAAGGAUCAAGAGAUUAUACCUUUGAAGCUUCAAACUCAGCUUUUUUUUCAAAGCAAACCCAAUCUUUCGAAAGUGUCUUCUUCGCCCAGCGUAAAGGCAGGCAGGCAGCAGCAGCGAGCGAUAGUUCAGUACCGCCGCUCCUAAUAAUGUAUGUGAAUGCGGUAGCGGCGUCCCCGCAGCCUCUGAGCCUCUCUCCUCGCCUUGUAGCUGGAACUCCCGCACUGGGCUCUCGCUAUCCUCGCUCUCUCUUCCUUGCUCGCUCGCUCUCUCGCUCCCUCUCUCCCCCCUCCCUCUCUCGCUCUCUCGCUCUCUCUUACACUGCCAGCCCCUGAUGUGAUGGCGAAGAAACCCCGUUGACAAGGCACUGCUUUUUCAUGACGUUGUCAUGGAUGAUGAUGAUGAUGAAGCCUGUCUCUUUGAUCUUAUCGGAGAUCCACAGGCACUGAAUUACUUUCUACACGGAGGGGGUAGUAAAUCUAACAGUGAAGACUUGAGUAACAUAGGAUAUUCUGCAGCCAACUCAAAUUCCAUUUUUGCCAAUGCCAGUAGCUCUGAUCCUAAGUCAUCGAUCAAAGGUGUUGGUGGUCAGCUUGGAGAAGGGUCUAAUGAUGGACUACAGUUGCCAAAUACUCUUCAGUUUCUUGAUGAUGAACUUGAAUCAUCUCCAUUGCCUGAUCUUAGUGAAGAUCAGCCUUUUGAUAUCCUCCAGAAAUCUUUGCAAGAAGCUAAUAUUACUGAGCAGACUUUGGCAGAAGAGGCUUAUUUGGAUGCCAACAUAAGCUCCAAUCACCAGUUUGCACAAACACAGCUUCAUCCUUCCUCAUCAGCAUCUUUUACUCAGGCUUCUAAUGUUUCUAAUUACUCAGGUCAAACGCUGCAACCUAUUGGAGUUACUCAAGUAGUACAGCCACCAGUUGGAGCAUCUUUUGCAAGCAAUACAGUUGGUGUGCAACAUGGCUUUAUGCAACAUGUGGGGAUCAGUGUUCCCAGUCAGCAUCUGUCAAACAGUCAGAUUGGUAAUUCUGGACAAAUACAACUAAUUGGUUCAUUUAGUAAUCAACCCUCUAUGAUGGCCAUAAAUAAUCUUGAAGGAUCUCAUAUUAUAUUGAAAGGUGGUGGACAACAAGCACCUGCAAAUAUGAGUGGUGGACUUUUGGUUCAUAGACAAACUCCUAAUGGCAACUCAUUGUUUGGCAAUUCAAAUUCAAGCCCAGUAGCACAACCUGUAACUGUUCCAUUUAAUAGUACAAAUUUUCAGGCAUCUUUGCCUGUACACAACAUCAUUAUACAGAGGGGUCUUGCUCCAAAUUCUAACAAAAUUCCCAUCAAUAUUCAACCCAAACCCAUUCAGAUGGGACAGCAAGCCACUUACAAUGUAAAUAGUUUAGGAAUACAGCAGCAUCAUGUACAACAAGGGAUUCCCUUUGCUUCAUCAAAUUCCCCGCAGAAUUCAGUAGUUGGUCCACAUAUGUCUGUUAAUAUUGUUAGUCAACAAAAUUCAAGAAAACCAGUUACUUCCCAAACAGUAAGUAAUGCCAGUGGUAGCAUUGUUAUCCAUUCUCCAAUGGGACAACCUCAUACGUCUCAGAAUCAGUUUCUUAUACCCACAAGUCUCUCUGUAAAUCCCAGUCCAGUUCAUCAUGUCCAGACUGUAAAUGGACAGCUGCUUCAGAAUCAGUCUUCACAACUUGUUCCCAGCCAAGUAUCCACUGAGCAUGUUAUGCUAAAUAGAAACUCUACGAAUAUGCUCAGAAGUAACCAAGCAUAUUCAGGACAAAUGCUGAAUAAUCAGAAUGCUGUACAGUUAGUUUCUGGCCAGACAUUUGCUCCUUCUGGAAACCAAGUUAUAGUCAACCAUGGAACUUCUCAAAUUGUUGGUGGUCAGAUUCCACUACAACAAUCCUCUUCCGCUGUAUUACAUUUAUCGCCAAACCAAGGAAACCUUUCCCAAGGCAGAACAGGAUUUUCAACAGCAUCUCCUGGACAGGCAACUGGUUCAAAUAUAUCUUCAAGUAAUCGUUUUACUGUUGUGAGUUCCUCUGCUACAGUACAUCCAAACAUUGGCUCAUCAGCUCAGUCUGUAGCUUCAAGUGGAAGUUUUUCUGGAGAUCAGCUUACACAGCAAAAUAGAACUCAGUUGUCAGUCAGUGUAUCACAUCGACUUCCAGUUUCUUCUUCAAAACCUGUCAGCACUUUUAGUCACACAUCAAUAACCCAGUCACCAUUUUCGUUUGGACAGAUUCAAAAAAAAGCAACCAACCUGGCAUCUUCUGUUGUAUCAUCAAAAUCACAGGACAACUUGAGACAGCCACAGUCAACAAAUCUUUUAGGACAAGAUGCUGGAGCCAAAAUCAUGCAACAACCUAUAGGAACAGUGUUACCACACCAGGAAAAAACAGCAGGGUCAUCACUUGCUCAAACAAAUGUGCAGGUGGAUGGUCAUAUAGUAGGACAAAAGAGACCUGCUGCAAAACAAUUAACCAAAGGAGCCUUCAUUCUACAGCAAUUACAGAGGGACCAGGCACAGGCUGUAACUCCUGACAAAAGUCAAUUCAGAUCUUUAAGGGAUGCAGUCCAGAGACUUCUUUCAUAUCAUGUGUGUCAGGGAUCACCACCAACUGAAGAGGAUUUAAGGAAAGUGGAUAAUGAAUUCGAAUCUGCAGCAACACAGCUUCUAAAGAGAACACAGUCAAUGCUAAAUAAAUACAGAUGUCUUCUAUUGGAAGAUGCAAUGAGGAUAAAUCCUUCAGCAGAAAUGGUAAUGAUUGACAGGAUGUUUAACCAAGAAGAAAGACAAGCUCUGUCCCGGGAUAAACGUCUUGCAAUAGUUGAUCCUGAUGGCUUUCUGGCAGACUUUUGUUGCUCAUCCACACAAUUUGACAAGAGUGCUAAUGACACGCAGCUUCCUGACAGUAAUCAUCAAAUUAGCAAAUCUUUAACUUUUCCAAACCAGACUGCUAAUACCCAAAUGAGAGACAAGUCAAGCACAGCAGAGUCUUCAAUGUGCAACAAACUUCAUGUAGUGCCUAACAAUAUUGUGAGUCCACCACAAGAAAACAUUUCUGUUAAAAAAGCAGAUCUUGCAAAAGCUUUAACAUUUGAGAAAUGCUCCUCUGAAAGCUGCUCUCCCGAAAGCCAACAUACGUCUCCUUCUGAACAAAAAAUUGCUCUUAAAGGUCUUGACAAAUUGAAUGAAAAUUCUUUAGCUUCUAAAAAUCAUUCAUCUAAAAUCUUAUCAAAUGCAGAUCGUGGUACACAUAAUAAAACCUGUUGGAAUACAGUUGAUUCUCAUUCAGAAACAGCAUAUAAUCAUUCCCUCCAAGAUAAAACUCCUCGGAAUUCUCCAAAGAAUGUGGAUUUGCCACCAGACAACUGGAAAGUUUCUGGAAAACCCCAAAAGGAUUUGCUUGUCAAUAAGAGUUUAGAAACUACAUUCAAAAAUAUAUUAGAACUGAAAAAGACUGAAAGGCAGCCACAAAGUGAGGCGGCUGCUGGUGGCUCUCUAGAGUUAGAGUAUCCUAACUGUUUACUUAUUCCUCCGCAGGAAAACUGCCUGGAGAAGUUUAUUCCAGACCACAGUGAAAGCAUUGUAGAAACUGACUCUCUUUUAGAAGCUGCUGUAAAUAGUAUCUUAGAGUGUUAAUAGUUACAGUACUGUGGACAAAUCUCCCUUAGAAACAAAUGUGAAAGAUACCACAAGUACAGCCUGACAUGUGUACUUUCUAAAGUAGGUUCUUUUCUUUGUUUGAGAGCAAUACUCAUUGUGGUUACAGUGAGGUAUCCAGUAAUGUAAAACCUUAAGAGAAAGCUGUUUGGUAAGGCCUAUUCAUUGGCUGUGAUUGAAUGUAAUUCUCAACCAUGUUCUUCACCAUUUCAAGAAUGAUUCUCGGUGAGCCUUUCCCUUCCCUCUCUUCUUCCAACUCAACUGCACUGGUAAGAUCAGAAGCUUUUGUUUCUAUUUUAGACUAUAGUUUAAUGUGUUGCCUGAGGUUGAACCUAUAAUUAAUAAUUAAACCGGAUUCAUGAACUGUGAUUUACAGUUGUUGGCUUUUCAAUAGCUACAAUUAGGGUUGGAUAAUCCAAAGUUGGCAACAUGACAAAACUCUGGUUAAUAAAAUAUGGAACAGAAAAUUCCUAACAUCUUUAUCAUGAUCUGUGGCUGAGUGUUACACUCUUAACCACCAGAUUACAUUGCUUGCAUAAAAACUUUUAAUGUUGCAGCUUAAUGAAACAUUAAUUUACUAAACCCUAUAUAAUGUAGUAUACCGGUAUUGACAAUCACAGUCUACUAAGAAAUGUAUUAAAUACCGUCAAUAAUUGACAUUUAAUAAGAAAAAUGCUCUCUAUAUCUCCUGUCAAGAUUUAAAUCUCUGUGGUUAAAAAUUCUAGAGUUUAGCUCUUUACAGAAAUGUCUUUGUCAGGUUUACAAGAAAUAGAGAAAAAAUUGUAAACUGAGAAAUUAUAAGCAGAGUUUACAGAGCUUUAUACUUCAAGUGCUAUUCAGCUGCUCCAUAAGCAGAAACCAAUAUAAUUCAGAGGAAUGACAUUGUAUAGUUUAAGUUACAAUGUGGUAUGGAACAAUAAACAUAAAGUUUAGAAAAGCUAGUAGAUGGGAAAUUUUAAAAAGAGGCUAUAAAGUAGUCAUGCACAUACCAUAUACAUAAAAAACACAUUUUUGAUUGACACAUUGAUUCUUCUGCAAAAGCUUUUGUAUUUUAUAAUUGGAUAUAAUCAACUAAAUAUUUCUGAAAUGGUAUAAUGUUUUUCUAAACCAAGUAUGACAAGCAUUUUUACUUAAAAAUUGUGUUGUUAUAGUAGAUGUUUAUAGUUUAAGGAGUAAUAGCCUUAAUCUGAACAAAUUAAAGGACAGUGUUAUUUUGGUUGUUUCUGCUUCUAAUUGUUCAGAAUGUUAAUCCAUUUGCAGCAGUGGUCAUGUUACCAAAACACAUACAAACCAAAGUUAAAUUUCUGUACAUUAAUAACAAAAUUACAUGUAAAAGCAUAUAACUCAUAAUCUAGAGCCAAAGGAACCUCAUGCAUGGUUUGCAUUUGGCUGGUGAUCAUAUUGAUAAUGUAAAUUUCUUUAUUAUUUAAAUCUACAAAUUUUAGGUUGCCAGGCUUAAGGAAAAUUAUACAAGCUUUCUUUAAUGCUGUUUCAUACAAUUAUGCCUGCUCAAAAGGACAGAGAACUGUGAUUUAUAAGACACUUUGUCUGCAGCUUCUCUUUACAGAAAUAUUCAAAAUUUAUUGAGGACUUACUGAUCCUAAUUUGAUGGGGAUCUUUCUCUUGCAUUCAGCUGUAAAGCCCUAUGUAGUUUUGCUAUAUAGCAAUGACGAACUGGUUGUCAGUCAGAUUGCCAGAAUUGUUUAGAGUCAUAUUUUCCUUUCUUUAUUCCAAAUAAUGUAAUGCAAAACUGUAUUCUGUUAUAUUAUUCAACACAGAACACACCACCAUCCUUGUGUUGUGACCACAUUGCCAUUUUAAUAAAAUAUUUAAUUCAGCAAAAGGGUAACAACAGUUAAUGUACAAUCCACACAUAAUAGGAAUAGAAACAUGGAGUUUAUUGCCUCCUUUUAAAAAAAAGUAUGUGAUUCUGAAGUCACAGACUUAUGAUUUUGUACACUUCAUGGCAACCAUAAUUUAAAUAGCUGUAAUUUUCACAAAUUUAUUUUUUGCGAGGAUGGCUUUAAUUAUUUGUUUUUUUUUUUUAAGAAAUAUAAAGAGAGUAGAAGGUGCUUUUCCCUCAAGGUUUUGUGAAGGAAACAUAAUUGAACUGUAACCAUAAUGAGGUAAUUUGGAAAGCAGGGUGUAUAUUGCACCAGUCAUAAAUUAGUUUAACUAGUAUCUGAUUGGAAAUGUAAAACAAAAAUAUUCACAUUUGUACAACUUCUUAUUUUGGUUUUACCUUCUAGUGUAAAGUUUCCAUUGUAUGUACAGAAUAUUCUGAACCUAAAUACCAAAAUAAAGUGUAUAUGUUUUGAAUCUUAGGUGAGAGUUUAAUUUUAGAUAACGUCUUAGCCAAGACAUCUGAAAUGCACUUCAUCAAUGUGGAUUAAAUCAUACCUAUAUUUAUCCCAGGAUUUUGUGCUGGGAACCCACUGAACAAAGUUCAGCUGAAUUAACCUGGGAUAGCUAAUGUAUUUUAUUUAUUAAACUGAACUUGGUUUUAGAGUUCUGAAUAUUUUAAAUGGUAAUGCAGUAAAAAUAUUUUUGUUCAUUGUAAAGAAACAAAGUGUGAAUUUGUUAUGCAGCCCAUGGUCCUGAAUCCAGUGAAGGCCAUUUAUUUGUGCUUACUUGCUUUGUAGAUUUGGUCUCUUGACUACCUGAUGUCUUUCCACAUUGUCUAAAGUUAAAACAUUUUUAGAUGGCAACUAUAACAAAAUUGAUUCAACAAGGUCAGCAUAACUGAUCUGUUAGAUUUGGGAGGCCUUACAGACUGACUUUACUGAAAGAGGAUGUGUCACUUUUUGUCAAUGUAAUAUGAACUUCAUUUGCUUAAAAACUUUCAUUUGUAUAGUAUGUCUCACUUGAAAUUGCUUUGUAUACAUUUUGUAAAAAUAUUUAUAAAAUGUUUUGUAAAAA